GGCCUAAAGGCAGGAGCGCAGAGGGAGAGCUGCACCUUGCAAGCCUUGGAGCUGGAGGCCUCCUCUCUGACCAUGGCUGCAGAGGCUCGGUGGAGCUACCAAGGGGACCCCCAGGAAGGCCAGCACGCCCCUCUUGUUUACCAAUGGCAAACUGAAGAGCUCUGAAAAUUGACUUUCAACUUGUACAGAAGCAAAAAGGCCACAAACCCAAGAAAGAAGCAGAAGUAACUUUGAACGCAGAAACAGAGAGGCUCUCUUAUGUGGGAAGUAAUUUUGGUACAGGAGCCCUGAAGUGCAAUAAUUUAUGCAGGUACUUUGUUAGUGUGUUAGACAAGAACUCUGGAGAAAUGGAAGUCUACAAUGCAGAAUUAUUCAACAUGCAGCCCUUGGUUUCAGAUGAUGUACCAGAUGAUGAUCUAUCAGAAUAUUUGGCUAAAUCCUACAGAGAGAAGGUCGAUCUCUGUAUUGAAGCCUUUGGAACCAACAAGCAGAAAAAAGCUCUCAGCUCUCGGAGAACGAAUGCAGUCAGCAAGGAGGUCCUAAAUAAAGCAGUGAUCAAAGCAGCAGAAGAUAUUAUAGAGACAAAGGGCACGGCUGCUUUGGUCAGUGAUGCAGCAGAAGAUAAGAAGUCAAAUAUUUCUGUGGUCCUUCCUCCAUGCCAUGAAGAUGCAGAGAAACCAGAAGAUGUUUACAAAUUUGAAGACCUUAUUUCACCUGCUGAAUACGAAGCACUACAAGCUCCAGCUGCAGCAUUCAUAAACAUCACAGCAGAAGACAUCCUUAAAAUGACAGAAGAGAAAAGCCGCUGCUCCUUUGUCUUGAAUGAACUUAAAUCGAUGCCUGUGAAUGAGAAGAGUCGCGACCAUAAAGCCCGAUGUCUCUGGUUCCUAGAUACUCUUGUCAAGAUGAACUCACAACGUAUGGUGAAAAAGAAAAAUGGUUUGGGACCUGAGUGUCCAGAUGUCAUCAGCAACAAGCUUGUGAGAACUUUCACAGUGCUGUCCUAUGGCGGUGGCAGGUAGACAUUUUUAUUUUGUUGUCAAGUCUAGCAAAAUUUCUGAAUCAGAAUUUUGAGCUGCUUUGUUUUGAUCACUCAGGCCAGGCAGAAUGGCGAUUUCACAGGA